CAUUUGAUUUCCACUGACACGAUUUGAAUUUGGCUGUAUGUAAUAUACAUUGUCGGCCAUAAAUACAAGCGUAAACAAUCGUUAUAUUUGUUUAGAAAGGUAGGAAAUCUUUGUAUUUGGAGACUUGUAUAUUAAACGUCAAAUUUUUAUGCUUGUACUAAAAUUAAGAAAAAAAAGAAAUGUUUAAUAUGAAAAAGGGUGUUAUCAAUGAAAUAAUGUAAGUCGAAGAUGAUCAAAUUAAAUUAUAAUAGAAGGUAAAUAACUCGACCUUGAAUAUUUACAAUUGGUAGUUUACUUCUGAAAGGAGUAUAAACCGAUAAACAGGAUAGAUAAUUUGAAGUGUUGAACGUUACUAUGUUACUCGUAUAUACAUGUAGUACUUUAUUCCUGACAGUCUGUAGCCUGUGACGACGCUGUUCACAUAUCUCUUAAUCAGUCACUGAGAAAACAUCAAGAGGUCUACAUCUUAAGUCAUUUCGGUCGACAUCUUCGUAUAGGAUACUUAAGUAAUAACAUAAGAACGAAAUGACGAAAGUCUUCUUAUACGUAAAUGACAUUAGUCCACCAUGUCGUGCCGUUCUAAUGGUGGCUAAGGAAGUUAAGCUGGAUUACAAGAUUCGUGAAGUUAACCUGGACAAUGAGGACCAUCUAACAGAGGAAUUUUUAAAAAUGAAUCCUUUGCACACGAUUCCGGUGUUGGAAGAUCACGGAUGUAUUAUUGCGGAUAGUCACGCUAUCGCCGGUUAUAUGGUUGAUGAGUUUUCAAAUCGUAUGGCUCUGUACCCGAAAGAACUGCAGAAACGAGCUCUGGUUAUUCAAUGUUUCAUAUUCGACGCGGCGGUAUUGUUCCCUGCUGUGAAACGCGCCGUGCGACCGAUAUUAAUGGGAGAAAAGAAUUCUAUCGCCAAAGAAGAUAUAGACGCAUGUAAAGAAGCGUUCUCACAGUUGAAUAAGCUUCUGGAGGGUAAGAGAUGGUUGCUCGAUCACGAAACUUACACUGUCGCGGAUAUUAGUUGCGUAGCUACGGCCUCCAGUGCCUCUGUUCUGGUAGAUGUAGAUCAAUAUCCGAAUGUAAAGGCUUGGAUGAAAUGUUGCGAAGAAAGAAUACCGAGCUACAGAGAAUGCAAUUUACCAGGACUUACAAAAUUCCAUGCUCUUCUUGCUCCCGCACUUUCCAAUCCCUAAAUAUAUAAACUAUACCUAUAUAUGUAUAUAUAUAUAUAUAUAUAUAUAUUUAAUAUAUAUAUAUUUAUUGUAUCUAUAAUCAGAAUGGCAACAAAGUGGAAGAGUGAAGUGUUUGCUUUGAUAAUAAGUGUGGAAUUCUAAUAAUUUUUUUUUAAUUUUUAUAUAUCAUUUUCGUAUUUUGUAAUUCUGCUAUAAUUUGUUAUAUAUACAGUUGUAUGACAAAUAUUAAUAAAAAUACAUAUAUAUCUUUAUCAGA